UGUCCCCGACGUGGUGGCACACGAAAGCGGCGAGCGCCUCCUCCUUGCAGCCCGACGCCUCCGAAGAGGGCCCGCAUCGGCAAGAGCCGCGGGGGGGAGGGGAGAAGGAGGAGGAGGAGGAGGAGGAGGAGGAGGAGGAGGAGGGAGGCCAGCCUCGGCAAGAGAGGCGCGCGCGCCUACGCUUGGGGGGGGCCCGCGGCCGCACCGACGGCCGGCAGCUCCCUGCGCGGCGACGCGGCCGGAAGCGCCGUUGCCCAGCAGCCAGCUGUACAGCUCGGCCGUGGCGUAGGCGGGGAUGGUGCUGGCGUGGCCGAAGCGCCCCGGCCGGGCUGCCGCCCAAGAGGGCCAGCUGGGCAGGCUCUUUGGUUGACACUCUUCCACGGCGGGAGGUACUCGGCAAUCUUCAGCCUCUGGGUGCCCCACGCUGGGCCCCAGGGCCGUCAGAAAACAGCUCGGGACGAACCGCCUGUCCAGGGGCAGGGGUCAUGGUCUCCGCGGGUAAAGGUGCUCUGCAGGCCACCUGCGCCUCCUGUCGGAGAUCCUGGGAACGCGGCGGCCCAGGGGCAAGAUCUGACACGUCCGCUUGGGGCAACUCCGUUUGGCCGAAAAUAAAAGCACCCGACCCGACACCUGGCCCGCAAGGCGACCGCGGGGCCAUGGCCGAAAUACGUGGGCCAGCCCUUUGGCGCCGGCGCCUCCUCAUACAGCGUCAACCUCGCAUCCCGCUCCACCGCGCCGCGCCGCCGGAGCCCUGCCACGAGAUCUUCGCUGUACUCGCUCGGCACGACGACGUCGUUCCGGCCGUGGAAGGCCCACACCGGGACGCCCAGUAGGGACCCGGCUUCUGGCGCACCGGCCGGCGCCACUGGCACUACCGCGGCAAAUCGGCGCGUGGCACCAGCCGCCGCGAGGGCCCCCGCGCCGCCCAUGGAGUGGCCCGUGACGUAGAGCCUGCCGGGAUCCAGAUUCAGCCCAGCACUCUCGUCAAGCAGGCAGUCCAGCAUCCUCGACACGGUCGCAGGCGGCCAACCGCGAUCGGUGUGCGGCGCCACCACGACGAAAUUCUCCGCGAGGGCGCGCGCCGCCGUGCCCACGGCCAGCUCCACAGGUGGCGUGCCCGUGGCGCCCUCGGACAGGAUGUCGCGCAGGUCUCCGCCCUGCUCCCCCGCGCCGUGGAGAUACAGCAGGAGCGGCACGGGGCCCCUGCUCGGCGGGGGCUUGAAGACCAGCGCAGGGAAGGGACACCGCCCAGAGACCAGCUCGAUCGGGUCCCGCGGCACGCCACCGGUCCCUGUCAGUGCCGUGCGCGCCUCUGCUGGGCUGGUGGUGGCUGCUGCGGCCGCAGCCCCGGGGUUCUCCGAAAGCGCCACCUCGGGCGCCACCGCAGCCAGGGCGCGCCACGCCAACCAGCCCCCGGCGCUGCAGCUGAGAGCCAUGGCCCCGAGCGCUGCUGGUAGCGCAGUGGCCGCGGGCGCGGCGCGCCGCUGCGGGCACAUGGAGGGCAGGCGGGCGGAAGUGCGCGUUCGAGCAAGGUGGCU